AAUAUUGGUUUUCACUUUUCUCAACGGAGAAAGAUCCACAUCACCCUUUUCUAAUUUCCGAGCGCUUUUUGGAGGCUCGUGCUGCUUUCAAUCGUGCCGGAAUGACAAGUUUGCCUUCAAAUCAAAACCCUGUUGAAAUGGAUGCGUCUUCUGUUAUUCCCAUCUCUGGACCGCCUGCUUCAGUUGCUUCAGAAAAUGGUGCUGUCUAGAACCCACAACCAAUUCCAACUGGAAACGUUCCCUCUGCUACUGUUAAAAUUGUGAAAGUCUUAACAGUCAAUUUGUUUGCGUACUUUGAAAAGAUGGUUUGCACCCUAUAAUCUCAUACUCCCUAUGAUAAAAAUGAUAUACCCUAACAUAUAUUUUCAGGAGCCUGAAACUGCAACCUCCAUGCCAGAGCCCACAUCUCCACAUGUUUCAUCAAUUCCUCGUGCUGCCCUUAAAUAUGUCAAAGUCUGAGAGGGAAACUUAUCUGAUCAACGACAAGGACAACCUGAUUUCAUCACCAGACUAGAGGGGUAUAGGAGUGCGUCAGCAUCUGAAACGGUUGCUGCAAAUUGGCCUGAAACCAUGCAAGUAGUACGACUUGUUUCCCAGGACCAUAUGAGCAACAAGUAACCUCUUUCAUAUUUCAACUAUUGCAUUUUCUUAAACCAUUUAUGAAUAUGUUGUAUCACAUUAUACCUUGAUUAGUCUCACCAUUAAUUUUUAUUUUUUAUGAUAGGCAAUAUGUUGGUAAAGCAGAUUUUUUAGUUUUUCGAGCCAUGAACGAGCAUGGUUUUCUUUAUCAAUUACAAAAACAGAAGCUUGUAAGUAUUUUACUGAGGCUUGCUUGUAUAAGAUCAAUCAAGAAAUGAAAAGCUUAUUUUAAAUAUCAUAAAAUAUAUGAAAUCAGUAUAUAGUACUCUGUACGUCCCAUUAGACUUUACCAACUUUGUUUUUUUGGUUCUCCCAAAAACCUUGUCAAUUCCCCAUUAAAGUAACUGAUUUCUGGUUUUGUUCAUUUUUUCUUAAUUUUACACUAAAUUCAUUUUUUAAUUUGACACUAAAAGUUUUAUAUCUCUAAUAUCAACUAGUUGGCAUUAAGGUGCUAAUAACGAUGUGUUAUUUUAUUGAAUGGCCCUUGUGCAAGUGUUUUCCCAUCAUUUCCAAUGGAAACAAAGACUCACUAGUUUUUGGCUUGGGAAUAUGAUGGAGUAAAGCAAAAUGAUUAACUAAGCUGAUUGCGCUUGCACAAUACAAGCAAUUUUCAAUGCGAUUUUCAUCACGGGUCAUUCGGAAACAGCCUCUCUAUGCUAUUAGUAUAAGGGUAAGGCUGCGUACGUCCGACCCCACCUACCCCACCGUAGGUGGGAGCCCUAGUGGUACUGGAGUAAUGUUGUUGUUGUUGUUGUGGCUCUUGUGCAAGUGUUAUUAAUCAAUUGAUAUGGUCUGAAAAGAUACGCGAUUUGUUUCUAGUGUGCAGUCAUUCAAUUUCCCUCACAGACACUAUUGCUCUCUGUUUCUGACAAAGCUUGCCGCUUGAUCGGGAUGCUUUUUCCAGGGGAAAGAUUUCUCUUUGAAACUUAACGGUAUGGCCUGGGUGAUGGAAAAUGUUAGGUAAAAGAUAGAAAAUGCCAAUGAAAGUUAAUUUUUUACUGUUUGGCUUUGCUAUGGACCAUACUCUACAAAGGAAAAUAAAUAUUCCUUCCAUUCCUAAAAGGUUUUUCAUUUUAGUAUUUAUUUGGUCACCAUAAUUCAUUUUUAUCUCAUUAUGUAUCGGAUUUUUAUAAUGUUUAUAUUACGUUCUAAUUGUAUAUUAUGGUUGAAUAUAUUCCAUAAUGGAACAUCGAUUAAGCCUAGGGGCUUAGCUGGGGCCUAGGCCCUGCCCCACCCCAAAUUUAAAAAGUCUGUAUUUAGUGUAAAAAAUUUCGUGUAUUUUUUUCCUCAAAAAUAUUCCUUGUACCGGUCCAAUGUUCUGUCUCCGCCCCUGAUUUAGCCUAUAUCAUCUUUUCCAUUCUUUUUUUGGGUCAUGUCUGUAUUACUUUGCUAGCUCUGUAUUUCUUACAUCAAGUAUAAAUCAUUGCCUUCAUAUCCAUCCAUAACUCCCAACUAUUGCCUCUUAAACUUCUGAAAAAUAUGAAUUUUGAUUAAUAUGCUAGUUACAUUACAUAAAGCUAAAGGGUAACUAAAGGGUUUCCGAGUCCAAUCCCCCUCCAAGUUCGUUUUUUAAAACAUUUUAUGUAAAGUCGAAAUCUGGUUUACAGCUAUUUAUGGAAGUCAUAACUAUAUUGAGAGAAGGAAUCUUUGGCAGUUCUUGGAAAGUUGGGCUGACAUUAAUAAAGAUCCAUGGUUUGUGGGGGGAGAUUUUAAUGUUAUUGCUAAUCAGGGGGAACAUAAGGGUCAUUCUACACCUAUGCUGGGAAGCCUGGCUGAAUUCAAGGAUUGUUUGGCCAAUUGUGAUCUGGUGGACUUACCAUUUCAUGGUUCUUCUUUUACAUGGACUGGAGUGAGGGCUAAUGGCAGGAUUUGGAGAAGGUUGGAUAGAAUUUUGUUUAAUUCUUCCUUUUUGGGAAUCUAUGAUAAUAUUCAGAUUCAGCAUCUUAAUAAAUCUUCCUCCGAUCAUUCUCCAAUCCUGCUACAGUGCAAAAAUCAAUUAGUGACUGGACCAAAACCUUUUUGAAGGUUGUUAGUGAUGCAUGGAAGACUUUCCCUAGCUUUGGAGGUAUGAGGGGACUUUACAACAAACUACAGUCUCUCAAGCAUAUUCUUAAAUCCUGGAAUAAAAACACCUUUGGUGAUUUAUUUCACGAUAUUAAGAAAUUAGAGGAGGAUGUUGCUAAAGCAGAGAGCAGAGAUUUUAUUUGAGUCUAAUCCUUCUGAGGAGAACAAAGAUAAUUGGUCCUUUAAACAGGCUCUUUUACUUAAUAAACAUAAGUAGGAGUCUGAAUUUUGGAAACAAAGAGCUAGACUCAAAUGGUUAAAAGAAGGGGAUUCCAAUACCAGCUUUUAGCAUGCAUAUGUGAAUGUCAAAAGAAGGAUGCAGGCUUUAACCGUGAUUAAAGAUUAUUCUGGGAAUCUAUGUACUGAACCAGAUGACAUUGCCAAUGCAGCUGACCACUUCUUUCAGGGCAUUUUUGCUGAAGAGGAGGUACAUGAUGUGGAUUCCAUGUUGCAUUACAUUCCCAAAUUAGUAGACAAUAAUGAUAACAAAAUGUUGAUGGAGUUGCCUGAUUCAGAAGAAAUUAAGGCAGCAGUCUGGGGCCUAGAUAAAGAUAGUGCAGCUGGUCCUGAUGGAUACGAUGGUGUUUUUUUCAGACAUUGUUGGCCUAUUGUAGGGGGUGAUGUGGUGUUGGCGGUGUAGGAUUUCUUCUAAGGUAAUCAGAUUCCAAAAGCAAUGGGCAGUUCUCUUAUAGUUCUCAUUCCAAAAAACGAUAAAGUGUCAACCUUUUUUUAUUUCAGGCCUAUUAGUCUCUCCAAUUUUAUUAGCAAGGUUUGUACUAAAAUCUUGGCUACCGGGCUUAUGAAUAUUCUUCCUAAGUUAGGGUUUGUUUGCAAUCAAUUAAAAAAAGUGAUUUUGGCUUUUUUUUAAGAAAAAAACACUUAUUUUUCCAAACACUAUCAACUUUUACUUCCUCGGUUUUCGUGUAGAAUCUACUUUUUACUUUUUCUAUUAUACAAAAAGCACUUAUUUUACCAAACACUACCAACUUUUACUACUAAUCACUUUUUCCCAAAAAGUGCUUUUAUUUAAGCACAAGUGGUUGCAAACAGAGCCUUAAUAUCUGUUGAACAGGUAGGAUUAUGAAAGGGAGAGAUAUUUCAGACCAUAUUUUAGUUGCUCAAGAAAUGAUUAAUUCUCUUGAUAGGAAAGUCAGGGGAACUAAUCUUAUUGUGAAGUUGGACAUGGCAAAAGCUUUUGACAAGAUUUCUUGGUUUUUCUUACAAGCUGUCCUUUCAAAAUUUGGUUGUUCACAUAUUUUUGUUACUUUGGUGAUGAAUCAUCUUAAAUCUACUCACUUUUCGGUACUUAUUAAUGGAUCACCAAAAGGAUACUUUCAACCUCAGCGAGGGGUGAAACAAGGGGAUCCCCUUUCCCCUUAUCUAUUCAUUCUUGCUACUGAAGUUUUAUCUAGAGGAUUGAAGUGUUUGGUAUCUUCUAAUCAAAUUAAACCCCUUUGGAUUGGCCCAGAAGGGCACCCGGUUACUCAUUUGUGUUAUGCUGAUGACAUUUUAAUCUUUCUGAAUGGGGAAGCUAGAUUUAUUCAAAAUUUUAAUAAGUUCCUGGGUCAAUAUCAAAGGGUUUCUGGUCAGGCUAUCAACUUUGAAAAAAGUAAUUUUGGUUGUGGAAAAACUUCUCUUGCAAGAAUCAGGAAAAUGGAGAGGCUCCUGGGUAUGACUAAGAUAAACCUGCCCAUGAAAUAUCUUGGCUCAAACCUGCACAAAGGCAUCAAUAGAAAGAAUUACUGUCAUGGAAUACUUCAAUCCUUUGAUAAAAAAUUGACAACUUGGAAGCAGAAACAUCUUAAUUUUGGGGGAAGAAUGGUGCUAAUUAAGCAUGUUCUUAAUACUAUUCCUCUCCAUUUAUUAGCAGUUGAUACUCUCCCCAAGGCUAUUUGCAGAAGCUUGGAAAAAAGAAUGGCUCAUUUCCUAUGGGGUUCUAAUGCUACUAAGAGGAAAUACCAUUGGCUAAGGUGGAAGGAUUUAUGUCUACCCUAUGAGGAGGGGGGUCUAGGUUUCAGAUCAUUAGUGGAUAUUGAGAAGGCUUUUUCAUUAAAACUAUGGUGGAAAUGGAGAAAUAAUAAUUCUGGGUGGGCUCAGUUUUGUCAGGCUAGAUAUCCUAGGGGGUUAAAUAUGACUCCUAAAGCCAUAGACUCAGUCAUUUGGAAGAGAAUUUGUAAGAUACAUGAUGUGGGGCAAGCAUUAUGCAUACAAGAUGAGGCAGGGGAGUAUAUUUGGUCAUCUGAAACCAAUGGCAGAUUUAGCUUGUCCCGGCUUUACAUGAAAUCAGAAGAACUAGGAAUAUUGCUUUUUCCUUCAAGCAUACCUGGAAUACUCAUCAGCAAAGCCAUAUUCAGGUUUUUUUAUGGAAGCUAUUACACAAAAUUCUACCUUUUCCUGAUAAUCUGCAAAGGUUUAAUACGAUAAUCUUCCCAACUAUGUGUCCUUUUUGCAAGAAGGAAUCUGAAUUUAUGGAACAUGUUUUACUCACAUGUUCUUUUAGUUGGUUCAUUUGAAAAUAUUUCAUUGGCAUUUUUGAGAUCCCUCUGCCUUCAAAUACCAUUUCAUUGAGACAGAUGCUUUUAGCUUGGUGGAUGGAGGCGGGUUCUAAAUCUCUUGUUGAUGUUGUUAAACACAAUAUGGCUGGGAUUAUAUGUUGGCAUAUUUGGAAAGCCUACUGCCAGAUCAAAUGGGGGGAUGGUAAUGACCCCAACAAGUUACUGAUUAUCAAACAAAUCAAGGCUUACUCGCAGAUUUGGGCUGAGGCAAAAUUGUCUAAGCUCAGAUUAGGAUAGCCUAGUCAAAUGCUAGUUGAAGAAGAACUUUUGCCCAAUUCGUUUAAAUAUAUGAAGCCGAGGAUACAAGUUAUGAAAUGGAGUUUACCUUCACUUGCUUUCAAAUUAAGUGUGGAUGCAUCCUUCAACUCUUCUUGGGCGGCUGGUGGAGCUGUGUUUCGAUUCAGAUUGGGCGAAUUUGUGGUCGGUUUGCAUUUUACUCUCUCUGCUAACUCAGCUAUGGAGGCGGAGCUUUUAGCGGUAUACACUGCAGUUUCUUGGCUGGUGAAUAAGGGUUAUCAUGCUUUCGAGGUGGAAAUGGAUUCUCAGACGGUCUUCGGUGCUAUUCGGGACAGUAAUUCUGGAGGAUGAUGGAGUAGGAAGCUCGAUGACCUGAGAAGCUGGAUGGUUGAGCAUCGGAUAAUUUUCAGACAUAUCAUGAGGGAGAUUAAUUGGCCAGCUCAUUUUUUAUCUAAACUUAAUAUUGCUGAUCUGGUAAUUUAUCACAAUAUCAGACAACUCCCGUGUCACAUUAGAUGUGUUCUAAUUGCGGAUAAGUUGGGAUUGAGUUAUUUUAGAAUUAAUUAAUUUUUAAUUAUUGAUUUGUAUUUUGGGUCAGGUCUAGCCCCCCCC